GUGUCGCUUACUGCUCUGGAAUCAGCUCGAUCUGGGACGGCAUGAAACAAUACUUUGCAUCCAAGAACAUGAAUGUCGACUACAUUCUGUUCACCUCCUAUGAAGCGCAAGUGGAGGCGUUGAUGAACAAACAGAUCGACAUUGCCUGGAACGGCCCCCUUGCACACUGCAGAGUCAAGCAGAGAACCAACAACGCAAGUUUGUCUUUGGGCAUGCGAGAUUGCGAUAGAGAUUUCCAAUCUCAUAUCAUCGUCACAGAGGACAGCGGGAUCAAGGCCCUCAAGGAGCUCGAGGGGCAGACUAUCGCAGCAGGGACGGUGGACUCACCACAGGCGUACAUCCUCCCCCUCCACCAUCUGAAAAAGCAAGGAGUCAACCUCAAGUCGCUGUCGAUGAUCAGGUUCGACAGAGACGUUGGGAAGCAUGGCGACACGGCUGAGGGAGAGGUCCUCGUGAUGGAGGCGCUGAAGCGAGGAGAGGCUGCUGCUGGACUCGUGUCCGACCUCAUGUGGCAAAGAGCCUUGUCGUCGGGAAAGGUGAAUGCGGAUGGAAAGAAGAUGACCGUCCUCAAAGACGCUCCUCCUCCCUUCGACCACUGUCAGUUCGACGCUCUUCCCGGUCUCGAGGCAGCUAAGAAGGAAGCAUUCCAAGAGGCUCUCUUCGCCAUGGACUGGAACAACAAGUUUCAUCAGGAGAUCAUGAAGAUGGAGGGCAUCACGAGGACGUGGGCGGGGCCUCGAGAUGAAGGAUACGCCAUGAUGCAGGAGAUCGUGGAUAGCGAGCCCAAUGUCCCCUAUCCCCGCAUGCUGCAUGAUAGCAGCAACCAUCCCUUCAAGUCGCUCCUCAUCAAGUAAACGUUUUGAUACCAGU